CGACCAUUCUUUUUUAUUUUUUACAAUGAAGCAGUGCACUCCGGUGGUGGUGGAUGUCCGUCCGUCUACGCGUCGCGUCGACACGAUGACAUUUUCGCCUCCAGUUUCGUGCGAAUGUUCUGUAACCCUCAAUCUAAUGUAGGUAUUUUGGAAAGAAUUAUGCAGAAAUUAGCGGCGAAGACGAUUCGAACAUUACGCGUAGCUUCAGCUACGUCUUUUUUCUCUUAACACAUAGUCCACUGUGAAGUUGUAUAUAUUGUCGAAUUCCCAUCUGCUGUCAAUUCACUACCUUCUACGGGAAGGAAAUGCUAUAUCGUCCUCAACAUGAAACUCUAGUCCUUGCAAGUUUCAUUCAGCUCAUUAACUAUAAAGUAUGCCCUAUUGCAAAUUACAAACAAGUGUGCUUUCUUUCGUGAACUCCUUUGACUGUGCCUCGGUCUCCACAUAUCGUCACUCGCGUCAAGGCUCGGUUUUGCAGCGACCUGCGUCCUAUGCACGCUGUUAUUACCAGUUGGCAUUGUAUAUUUUAUAAUGAUAAUAAUAAUACCUAUACAUACAUACAUGCGUCGAUUGGGGUAAAACACACGAGAGCUUCGCUGAUUGAACGCCACCCUCCCUUCAAGAAACAUGCUGCUUUCACCAUAAGAAAUAUUGGCAACCUGGUUGUCUGAUCUCUUAGAGCAUUUGCAAUAAAUAAAUGCCAGUCUUAACAUUCAAGGAUUCAUGUGCACUAGAACGUGAGCCAAUAACCACUUCUACUUCAUUGUUAAUAGUUUCCCUGCCGACAAAAAAGAAAAAAAAAAACAUCAGGCAUACACAUUUUUCACUCUGUGGUCACUUUUGUGUUCAUAUCUCUUAACUUGAAACAGCAUAUAGUUCUGCAUUGUAUUGUUGACAAAAGUUCAAGUUCUGGUCCAUAUACACUCUUAUAAACCCCCCUCCAUUUUUUUCCUUUUUUUGACGCGUCUUUCUGUUAUGCGACAGCUUUUAGGGCGACAUGAGCUGAGUCUACCAGCGCAAAUACAAGAAACUGGUGACCUUGCCUAAACAAGUAAUUCCAGCACCCGACAAUCCGAUUGUGCACCGAGACAAACUAUAAACCUAGCCGUGCCCACCAACCUGUUUUCAUGGUUGUCAACAAUUUCCUAGACUUCUAAAAACUCUCCUGCGCAAACUGCACGCCUUGCUGUAAAUGCGAUUACACGCCUCCUCCUUUCGAGACGAAGAGCGAGCACAAAGGCAUAGCGAGAAUUCACACAAACAAUUCAUGUCUUUUGAGUUCGCUCGCACUUGCCUACUGAGACGGGAUGUAUUGUUACCAUCAGUCACGCUUAAAUACUUGAGAAAUCGUCGAGACUUGACAGGUAUGCUGGCUGUGGCGAUAUUAUUCCCGUCUGUAGACUGGUAUAUGGGAGAAAUACUUCUGUCCAAUAGUCUGGAGUCUGGAGUACGCUUUCGCGCAUGCGCAGCAAUGUUCUAGUGACCGGUAUUCAAAAGACGCAUUUUACCAUAGGCGGCAGUCACUUGAAGGCUACCGUACUCUGCAGUACAGCUAGCUUGUGGUUGUCUAGUGCCGUGUGGUAGUGGUCCUGCAUUGAUUCUUCACAACCGCCAUGGAUAUCGACGCUGUGCUUCGAGCAGCCGAGGAGAAGAUCAGAGAGAUUAACCGCAGCAAACAAGAUGUCGGUAUACACAGGCGCCUCCUGCUGGACAACUUCAUGAGUGUAAUUCUUGGCAAUGACCGCAACAGGCGACAACCCCGCAGCCGAAAGCGAACGGGUGGUGGUGAUCCAAGCUCCAAAGCCAAGAAGCAGCGGCAUAAGAAAGAGCGGACAUCUUCAGGUACACGCCAACGGAGAAAGCGUCACGGACAACUUCCUGAAGGCCCCUUGAUGCAGAACAACCCUCAUCACCAAGGUCUGGACGCGCAAGAUGAACCGACCCGUACAACCGUGGCCUCGGCGUCAAGUGAUUCCUGAAUCCUCCAGGAACCCAAGCCUUACAACACAAAUGAGUGGGAGUGGCUUUUCGAGAGGCCUUUCCCCGGAUGCCCUUGUGCGUGACCCGGACUUGACCUCGAUGGAAUGACGAGCCGCCGUGUGAACUUUCCGUUAGAUUUAAGCACUCCACGCCUGUUUUUCACGAACAUUCCUAGACAUUGUGACGAGAGCAAUGCGCAUUUACACAUAGACGCCCUAUGUCUCCACUGCAGUGUUUCUUGCAUAGGAAAGCGCCACGCGGCGUGCGCUGAUGUAUAUUCAUUUAAUUUCUUUCACUGCUCUAUGUUCCGUAUCACCUUCAUCAUACUGACUCCAUGAAAAUGUAUUUACCUACAUGCUGUGAUACGUCUCUGUGCACUGUAUCGUUUCCAAUAUAUAUUUCUUUUUGCAAUA